GAAACGGUUGGCUUCUUACAACUUAUUAAUAACCAGAGCAUGUUCCCGUUACCAAGAAUGAUAAUAACAAUCGAAUCGAAUGAAUCAACAUAACCCUUCUUUUAAUUUCAGCAUUUGAUACUUUCACUCCCACUGCAUCCUCUUGAUCCCGUCCUCACUCAAUUCCUACCAUCUGCGGCUUUCCGGAGCUCGUAUAUCUUGAUACCAUCUAGGCCGCGAUCAUGUCAACCAAUCCCAAUCAAUACUUUCUGCUUGCGGAUCAUAUAAAAUUAUCAUUGCUGGAAAGACAGCGUGCCAUUUCCUUGAACUUGGAACCGACAUCUCAAGAUGCCCAUAUUUCACGGUCGUUGGAAUCGUUACGGGAAGGCUUGGAGAAUAUAACGAACGAAAGGAUACGACUGGAAGAAGCCGGGGAGACAUCUCAAUCCCUUACCCUCCAAGAAACCGAACACACCCUUCAAACACAAUAUGACGACCUAGCCUCUCAAUUCCUCGGUCAUCCCACCGCCAGCACCUCAUCCACCCUCUCACACCCCAACGACCCCUCUCUCUCCAACGAUUUCACCCGAGCAGCCGAGCGUCCCCGCGUAGGAUCCUCCUCCUCCUUCCUCAAAAAAUCUCUCCGCAAUUCCGCCGUUGCCCCAUCUCCAAAAUCCGUUCGAUUCAGCGACUCUCCCUCUAUCCAAGAAGCAUCCGAUCCCGCCCGCGCCGCACUCUUUCCUUACCGCGAUGACCCCUCCGGUCCCCCAGAUCAAAGCCAUCUCGACAACCAACAAAUACACGCCUAUCAUUCUCAAGUGCUCGCCGAACAAGACGAGGCGCUUGAUAGACUUGGCGAAAGUAUUGGUCGACAGAGAGAACUGAGUAUACAAAUCGGUGAUGAAUUAGAUGAACAUGUACAGAUGUUAGAUGAAGUAGAUCGUCAUGUGGAUCGUCAUCAGAGUAGACUGGAUAAAGCGCGAAAGAAUCUGGGGACCGUGGCAAGAAAAGCGAAGGAUAAUAUGCAGAUGACCAUUAUUCUGAUUUUGAUCAUUAUAUUAGUCUUGUUGAUCAUUAUUUUAAAGUAGAUUCCGAGUAUGAAUGACGGCAAGGCAGAGAGGAAGGACGGUCUCGGCACCGAAUAAACUCCAGAAUCUUGACAGACAGAAUAUAAGAGGCAACGUGAGGAUUACCAAGGCGCAAGAAUCGGAGUCAGGAGUACAGGGGAAAGCAUGGGUGAAUGGAAUAAGAAUGCGAUGAAGAGGCCAAGUUUUCUAUAGAAAUCUUUACAUGUCCCUCUUGAGAUCUCAUCAACAACUAGCUUAGCUUAGCUUGAAUUGGAUUGGAUUGGCUGGCUACCAACCUACCUAACUACCUACCUACCUACACGAGAAGAAAUAAAUCUACAUCUCAAGAAAAUCUUGACCUGAAAUUUCGGAGCUGCAGCGUUGGGUUGAAUGAUGGCUAGCCUAGCAAGAUGUUGUUCAAUAUAUACUAUCUAUACAUUUACUUUACUCUACAUCCAUCUCAGAAUUCA